AGGGAAGAUAACUAAUAAGCACUCUGAAUGUAAACAAUUUAACGUUCUGACUUUUUAUUUCGCUCAGGGACCUAUAUAUGCAUAUUACUUAGUCAAUUUGUUGUCAACUCAUCAACUUAAAUUUUAAGUGUUUACACAAGAAAAACAUAACAUUAAUUAAAGAAAAACAAUAUGGCUUGCAUAAAUAUUCGAGCGAAAUGGCUCAAUCGGCAUGUUGCAAGCCGGUCAGUUAUUUAGACGUAUCCCCAGGUAUUGCAACCAUGGGUAGAAAAGAUGCAAAUAACACGCACUCAGCACCUGUGGAUACAUAUAGGAAACAAAUAGGAAAACAUGAUUAUAAUAAGGAGAAGAGAAAACUUAAAGCUGCAAAAGCUGCUGCUGAUCUUAAGAAAUCCUCAUCACCUGUUAAGGACACAGUGAUGGUUCUUAUCACAGGUCUACUGUUAAUAGGUGGUUUAUAUGUGGGACUGUAUUGGUAUUUAAACAAAGAGCUGCCAAGAUGAGAGAAUGAAGAUGCCUAAGUGUUCUAGCUUACAUAUCAUUUAAUUGUGCGCAAUUUUUUGUUGUCGGCUCAGGUACUACCUGAAAGUAACCUGAUUAUUCUUAUGUAUACAAUAUACCCAGGGAAAGAUCAAUUUAAACGCACCCGGCCACUUAUAAUUAUAUUUUCCGUACCCCAGAUACUUAGUAUUACACCUGGGGAACUUUAUGGUAGAAAAUUAAUUAACUUUGAGAUUCAAACAUUUUGUUCCAUUUUAUGAUAGGCAAUGAAGAUCAAGUGGCUGAGUAUUUACUCAAUAAAUAGUGUCAAUAUGUUGCAUCUUUUUAUAUACUAAGUGUUGCACAUAAAGGUGAAUACAUGUAUUAAUUUAAACAAUCUUUGAAUAUUGUGAUGAUUAGUUGUUAAUCUCUGAACAUAUAUUCGAUAAGUUUUGUUACUUUUAUGUUUUAUGUAUGUUACACAAUAAUACCAUUCUGUAUUUUUGUUUUGUUUUAGGUUUGUUAACAUCGUUGUUGAAUAUAUAUUCACACAUUGCAUACUUGCCUUUUAUUUAUUUGAAUAUUAUUUACUUAUUGUAUGUGUAACCCAAAGAAUUUUCAUCUUUAUGUUAUAUUUAUAUGUCUAAAAUGCUUGUGACAUACAUUUUAAUUAAUACAUGUGUCUCAAUCAUAAGAUUUAAAUUUCAGUUUGUUUUUGUUUUUUUAUUUCAUUUCAUCAGUAAAUCUCAAAUGUAAAAAAGACGGAUUUGAGUGGAAUAAAACAAAAAAAGAAAUAUAUGCAAUUUACCAUAAUUGAACUUGCAUAAUAUAAAUACAUUGUUUCAAGAUUUUGUUUGAAAUAUCCUUUUCACCUAAUUUGCAUUAUGUGACAACUUCUUAUAAUGAUACGAACUUGUUCUUUAUGGGAAAAUACCCAUUUUUUGCAAAGUAACAAUUUAAAAAAUUCAAAAUAAAAUAAACAUUUGAUUCAAACAAGGGAAGUAACUAUCAUGAAAACAUAUACAUUACAGUUUGUACAACUUGCCAUUGGUCGUUUGGAAAAUUUCAUUUUGAAUUUAAUUGUGCUUCACUGCUUGUAACAAUAAUUGCAUUUGUUACAUUUAUUGAACUUGAAAAAUUAUUGUAUUUGAUACAGGUAUUGUUCUUGUAACAAUUAUUUUUAUUAUAACUGUUAUGCUACAUGUAUUACAUGUUAUGUACUUCAUGCAUGUAUUGUACAUGUAGCCUUUUUAUCCCCCGCCAUCGGCGGAGGGAUAUUGUUUUGGCGUUGUCCGUCCGUCCGUCUUUCCGGCAGGCCGGAGCCAUAUCUUGGAAGUGCUUUGACGAAUUUCAUUGAAAUUUGGUAUGAGUAUAUAUAGGGAUACUAGGAUGAUGCACGCCAAAUGGCAUUGUACACCAUCUGUAUCUUGAAAAGAUGCUUUUUUGAGUGUCAAAUAUAACACUUUUGUGUCCAGAAGCAUAUUGGCUGGGGAUAUCAAUUCAACGAAUUUACUUGUUGGUCUUUUAUUUACUUGUAAAAUUUAGUCUACUUGUAACAUGUAUUAAACUUGUUACAUACAAUAAGUGUGCCGGUACAUGAUGGUGAUUAUUAUACACUCUUAUGAUACACGUGACUGCUGAGGAUGUGUAUGAAUACUUUAUAUACAAUUAUUUUAGGACGUUUAUGAAUAACUUAUACAUAGAGGGUAAUCACGUAAUAGACAAGCUGGCGACGCCCAUGCCGGGACAAUUAUUUUUCGCCAUUUUAUACCCUUCAUUACUCUUGUUUAAUUUUAAAAUGAGGCUCACUUUCCAGCCAUACCAGUAAACAUGUGAUUAGCGGUUAUUUCGUAUUAAAAUUCGCUUUAUAUCUCGACUUUACUUCCCGCAAAUUUUCUCAGUGGAGCUUUAAUGAGGUCAUCCCGCUCAGAAAUUUCGCAGCGAGUAAAGUCGUGAAAAAGAGCGAAUAACAACACGAAAUAAACGCUUUUAACUUUCUUGCUGAUAUGGCUAGAAAGUGAGCGGCAGUUAAACAAUAAAUACAAGUAAUAACGGGUAUAAAACGGCUGAAAAUACCUGCCUUGGCAUGAACGUCGCCAUCUUGAAUAUCACGUGAUUACACCCUCUGUUAUAUACAAUUCUCUGAGGACGUUGUUUAAUACCUUUUAUACAAUUCUCUGAGGGAUUUCCACAUUCCAGGUGGAUAUUGGUGUAUCGAGUUGAUAUAGCCCUUAAUUUAAGUGAUUUUAAUUAUAUUUCUAUAUACUGAAUUAAACACGGUUUAUCCUGCUGACCGUGCUUAAGUUUUCAUCUGGACUUUUUGUGAUUAAAAAAUUGACACUUGCCGUUAUCUUGUUCACGGCAUUUUGUCAUUUCUUUGCUUUUCAAUACUAUACAUAAAUUGACAUGUAAUUGAGAAA